GCAUCCGUCCCGGAUGCUCCUGCCCGUGCCCUUCCCGCAGGUCUUUGCACCUGAUGUUUCUAAAGACGGCGUGAUUGGUUCGGAGCGCGCGGAGGGUGAGGAAGUUGAGCGCGCCACCUCGCUGACGCAGCUUCACGCUGCGGCCGGUGCCGGGCGCUGCCAGGCUUUGCGCUGCAUGGCAACUGCCUUAAGACAACAUCAGCGUUCGGCUUGGGCUGCAGCUGUCCGCACACGCUACGACGUGGAGGCAGAUGAGUUUCGAGAUGUUCUGGAGGUUGUGACAGACCACCUGGAAAGCUCUGCAGCCGACGAGACGGAAGAGGAGGAGUUCUCCAGUGAAGGUUAA